AUGGCUCAAAAUUCGAAUAAUUGUGGUCGUCACGACUUCAAAGUCAACGAUAGACUCAAUGUCCAAAACAGCAAUGUCGAACGUGAUGGAGCCGUACCAGAUGUACACUCCGAAUUUCAACAGCAUCACGGCAAGGGCGGUGCUUCCGAGAAUAACGAAUGCCCUCACAUUAGAGAGCAGAGGGCAGAUCCGACGAAUAACGGGGUCCGCGAAGACAUUGCCGCAAGUAAUCGAUUUAUGCCUCAAGCUGGCAAACCCGCGGGCGUAUAUAGCAAUCAAGAGGAGGGAUAUGCAUCAGAAGAGGCGCCUGAAGAAGACCGGCGCCGCAAAGAUAUUCCUGCCAGCAAUCGAUUUAUGCCCCAGGCUGGAAAGCCUACGGGAACAUCUUUACUUUGA